UAUGAUAGAAACAACCAAAUGGAAAACUCUUUCAAUAUUUUCCUUGAGUGUAAAGUAGAUUAUUGUUAACUUAAGUAUUAGAAUGUUUAUCUCAAUGACCACUCUCGGGGUUUUACAGGUUAGUCUCAUAAGAAGAUUGUAAUGAAGGAGGUCUCGAAGCCUGGCCAAUGCACUGAGCACUGUGAACCACAGGUUCUGGCUGCCAUAGGUGUUGUUGCCAUUAGGAUUGCAGUGGCUUUCCUUCUGGUCAGAGCCUUGGUGGUCCCCAUAGCAUUGAAAGGACCUGCUAGCCAUCUCCCCCUCGAUGUAAGAGAACUUUUCUUAUUCUUGGCAGUAGCUCUUCUGAGCAGGUCUGUAGCUUGCAUUGAGUCAAUCUCAAUUGUCAGAGGGAAGACUGAAGAGUAAUGCUUUGAAUGGAAAUGGAAAGAGCCGCAUAUGGGAUUCCUCCACUUUCAUCUCAUCACUUUGAAUCUGCUUUUCCAUUAUAGGCUGAGACAUGCCAUAUUCUAUCACUAAAUAUAGUGCUGUAACUGGG